AUGUCAAGGGCUCCCAUUCUGAUAAACGAUCUGGUCAAGGGGAACCAAGUAUGGAAAAUGUUGAUUAGGGUUGUUGAUCUUUGGGUUGUUACUGAGAAAAAUGGCCAUCAACACCUUGAGAUGGUCAUUCAAGAUGUAAAGGCUGAUAAGAUUCAUGUCACAAGUUGGAACAGAGAUUUCACAAAUUGGGUUGAACAACUGAAGGAGCAUGAGACUUAUAUUAUGUAUAACGGAGAGCCCGUGGACAACGAAGGUCCUUUAAAAGUCUGUUCCCACCCACUCAAGAUCGUCCUCAACGGAGGGACUACGAUGAUGAAGGCGGUGUUACCCGACAUACCAACCCACAAGUUCAUUUUUCAUCCUAUUGAAGACUUUCUCAAAGGGAACUACAAGCAUGACAUCUUAUAUGCUCACAUAUCCAUGAAUUCAAAUGUUUGUAAUCUUGCUUUACUUGCUUCAAACAUUUUAGAUGUUAUAGGGGUGUUGCAAGAUGUUGUUAAGACACAAAUGGGCGGUGGGAAUAGGAAAUCUUGCGUCAAUAUUACCUUGCGAGAUGUUGAAGGGAAUGUUAUCGAGGUGGCAUUAUGGGAAAGUUACGGCAAGCAAUUGAUGAACUACACUACCCCAAACAACACUUCUGGGCCUACAAUUAUCCUUUUGACCCAUGCCUGGUGCAAGCCAAAUUCAGUUUCCGGUCUUCCGUCUCUUUCGAAUGCAUGGAACGGCUCUAGGCUUCUCAUUAACUUGGACCAUCCACAAGUUGCAGAUUUCAAAGCUAGCUUUGGAACUACUGAUUUAUCUGGUAUACCUGCCCUUUCCCAAUCAUUAACAUGUGAUUCUUCCAUGCAAUCUGCAAACAAUUUCUGGACUAACUUGAGUGAGGUCAAGACUAUCCAUGCAAUCGCUGCACUAGCAAGGGAUUCUUACGCAACGACUAUUGGCACUACCGUCGGUUUCAAAGCUUCCAAGAACGGAUGGUAUUUUGAGUCUUAUGCUGGGUCAUCUGGAAAUACAGAUCCUGAACCUGUUAUUAAGUGA